GACAGAGAGGAUCAGUUUCAGAGUGAUCUGUUUUCAACACUUUUGUUUUCUUCUUUCUUUCUUUUGUUUAUAUUAAUGUUUAUGGCAUAAUUAGAUUGGAUCCUCUUCUAUUUCACAAUUCCUUCCAUUUUCUAUUUUUUCUCCUCCCUUUAUGGCGGUGGAGCUCCUCCUCGGCUGCACCACCACCGCCACCGCCGCCAUGGAAGACACCGCCGUCCAAGAAGCCGCCUCCGGCCUUGAAACCCUCAAAAAGCUCAUCAAAUGCCUCUCCCACUCAUCCCCGGAGAUGGAGUGCGAAGCCGUCGCAAACGCCGCCGUCUCCCACUUCAAGAAGGUCAUUUCCCUGCUCGGCCGGCCGGCGACUACCCGAACCGGCCACGCCCGCUUCCGCCGUGCCCCUCUCGAUUCCUCUCCUCCUCCUCCACCGCCGCCGCCAUCUAAUUCCGAUUCCAAGGUCUACUACGCCACCCCCAUUCAGCAGAUUCCUCCGCCGGAGCGGCUCGAUUCGGCCACCACCAUUAAUUUCUCCUACUCCUCCGCCGCCGACCACCACCACCACUACCCGCCGCCGCAGCCCUCCUCCGGUUCUUUCCAGAUCACCGAUCUCUCCCGUGUCUCUUCCGUCUCCAAGCCCCCUCUCAAGCGAAAGUGCGCCUCUGAGAAUCCCGCCUCCGGGAAGUGCGGCGGAUCCUCCGGCGGCCGCUGCCACUGCUCCAAGAAACGAAAAUUGAGGGUGAAGAGGGUGGUGAGAGUGCCAGCCAUAAGCUCGAAGAACGCCGACAUUCCACCGGACGAUUAUUCAUGGCGGAAGUACGGGCAGAAGCCAAUCAAGGGCUCUCCAUAUCCAAGAGGUUACUAUAAGUGCAGCAGUUUAAGAGGUUGCCCAGCGAGAAAGCACGUGGAGAGAGCCUCGGAUGAUCCAUCUAUGUUAAUAGUAACUUAUGAAGGCGACCAUAAUCACUCCCAAUCAGUUGCAGAGGCCUCUAGUUUAAUCCUUGAAUCUUGGUGAAAUCGAGAUUAAUUAGUAGUUUCUUGUUGAUUAAUUCAUACCCAGAAAGAAAAAAAAAAACAAAAAGCUUUAGGAAUUUUAUAUAAUACAAUACGGAUGGUGGGAUUUGGCUCGAUUUGCUAUGCGUUAUUAUUUUGGUUCUUUUUAUGAAGUGUAAUGGAGAAGGGAAAUUGUGGGGUUUCUCAAAGUUUCCACUUUU